CGGGACUGCGGGACAUCGACGCAUCCCAUAUCUAUAGGCACAAUGGAGCACUACGACUCCUAUCUAUGCAGCGGCAGCAUGCAUAGCUACGGCGGCGUUGGCGGAGCCACGGACGCGGCGUUGGACGCCGGCGGUGACGACAUGCAGCGCCUGCUCAACGCGCUCAUGGACGACAUGGCUGCCGAGUCCGACUCCUUCUCCGACGACAUGGAGGCAGCCUCCUCCGAGUCCUCGUCCUCCGCCUGCUCGGCCAACAGCCAGCAGGAGGCCACCCGGCGGCCACAGCAGCAACCGGACGGUGGCCACAGCAACGGUAGCAACAAGAGCUCCAAGAAGCAGCAUCAGCAGCAAUCGCCGGCUCCCUACAUCGGCGUGCGCAAGCGUCCCUGGGGCAAGUUCGCGGCCGAGAUCCGCGACUCCACGCGCAAGGGCGCCCGCGUCUGGCUGGGCACCUUCGACAGCCCGGAGGCCGCCGCGAUGGCCUACGACCAGGCCGCCUUCUCCGUGCGCGGCGCCGCCGCCGUGCUCAACUUUCCCGUGGAGCGCGUGCAGGAGUCGCUGCGCGCGCUGGCGCUCUCUUCCGCCUCCUCUGCCGCGGGCUCCCCUGUCCUGGCGCUCAAGUGCCGCCACUCCAUACGCAAGCGCUCCCCGAACAAGAACAAGAACAAGAAGCAGGAGCGGCAGCAACAGGUGGCCGUGGCCGCCGCCGGACCACAGCAGCCGCCGUGCCCCACCAGCGUUGUGGAGCUGGAGGACCUGGGCGCCGAUUAUCUGGACGAGCUCCUCCGGGUGUCAUCCGAGUUCCAUUGGCAAUAACCCAUAGCGAAUGGCGGUCCUGCGAGGUGCAAGCGAAAGCGAGGUUGAUGGGUUGGGGAUCGAGUUCAGUUGUCAUCACAAAUACAGAAUGCCUGCAGAUUGUUGCAGAGCACUCCUGCUCUGCUCUGUCCUUGCUCGCCAAUUGCGAAUCGACGACGAGUUGCAACU